AUGUCUUCACAAACUAUAAAUUUAGGAUACUGGGGUUUUCCAUUAAGAGCAUAGCCUAUAAGAUAUAUUUUUGAACUAGCUCAAUAUCCAUAUUAACAGACUAACUAUACUUUUGAAGGAGCUAAAGACUGGUUUGAAAAAGAUAAAAAAGAACUUGGUCUAGAUUUUCCUAACUUGCCUUACCUCAUACACGGCGAUUUUAAGAUAACUGAAUCUUAAAACAUUAUCAGUUAUGCUUUAGAUAUCACUAAGUAGCAUCAUUUAUUGGGAUUUGGACUAAUAAGAUUUAAGAUAGAUAAUAUCAGAUUCCUCUGUGAUGAAUUGAUUGCCAAAACAUUCUUAGCAUCAACGAAAACAGGAGAAGAAAAGAAGGCAGAAAUCAACAAUUCUGUAAUUCCUAAAUUUAAGAGUUUAUAAGCUGUUUUAGGAAAUAAAAAAUUUUUCUUUGAAGACAAGUUAACCUUAGCAGAUAUUUAUGCUUACACAGCUAUAAAUGCAUUUUAACAUUUGUUGAAUGAUGAAUACAAGUAAUUUGCUUAAGCUUUUGGUCCAUUUAUGAAAAACUUUGAAGAAGUUCCUUUGAUUAAGGCUUACCAUAGCUCAAACAGAUAUCCUAAAUUUACAUGA